AUGACUCCCAGCAGCUCUCAGUUUUUUGAAUAUAAAUCGUUCUCUCUGCGCUGUGAGGAGGACGACGGCUCCACUGGAUGGACAAUGAUGAGGAACACCAAAAAACGACAGAGGACUAAGUGUGGAGUUGACUGGGGAAGUUCAGCUGGUUCCUUCUGUAACAACACUGUAACAUUCCGCUGGGAUACUGGAGUUUACUGGUGUGAGUCCAGAGAAGGAGCAACCAGUAACAGCAUCAACAUCACUGUCACAGGUGGACCAGUGAUCCUGCAGAGUCCUGUCCUCCCUGUGAUGGAUGGAGAUGAUGUCACUCUGCACUGUAAAACAAAGACCUCCAACCUCCCAGCUGAUUUCUAUAAGGAUGGCUCCCUCAUCAGGACUGAGCCUGCAGGUCACAUGACCAUCCACCAUGUUUCCAAGUCUGAUGAAGGCCUCUACAAGUGUGACAUCAGCAGUCAUGGAGAGUCUCCAUCCACCUGGAUCAUUGUCACAGGUGGGAUUCUCUCUACAGAAAAACCUGCAACCACAGCCCCGCCCCCUGCAUCAACGACCUCAUCCCUCAUAUCAGCAACCCCACCUCCUGCAUAUGAAGCCCCGCCCUCCGACUCUGCAGCCCUGCCUGUCUCACCAACCCUCCAGCUUGUGUUCACACUGAUCCGCCACUUAGUAGUGGUCUGUCCGUACUUCAUCUCCACUCUCCUCAUGGUGUCUUUAUAUCGACACAGAUCCACAGGAAACAACUUUUCCGUCUCCAUGACAACACCCCUGCCUGACCAAGCUGCAGGUAGACUGGCCGAGGACUAUGAUGUGGAAGUCACCACCGAGCAUCAGUUCUGA